CCUCGGAUGGUGACUUCCUGAGUUGCAGGUUGUAAACAUUGACUCCAGUUCAGCCAAGUGAAGAAACCGUCUUGAACUUUGUGACACAUUUCCUCGGAGGACGCGAGAGGACACGCAGCAAGAUGCGGACUCUCAGCUGAAGCGUCACGGUUUGUGUUCAUGCCACUCCGCCCGUCACACAGACUCUUCAGAAAUGGCAGGAAUUUUCAUGAGAGCAUCAAAGCUGAGGACAGCUCUGAGAAACCUGAGCUCCCGCAGCUCCCUCUCAUCUGCAGCCUUAACCAGAGGCUCCCCUGCCGACCCCUGCAGGCCGUCUCUCCUGUGCGGCUCUGGUCAGUUUUCAGCCUCCGCUCGUAAGCUACACGCCGAGGCAGAGGGAGAAAAGCCGUCUCCGGCCACAGCCCCGGAGAGACGGCCUUUCUCCAGAGUGACUCCAGAAGAUUUGUCCUUCUUCAGAAAGGUCCUACCAGGCGGGACCAUCACUGACCCAGACCUGCUGGAGUCAAGUAAUGAAGACUGGCUCAAAACAGUGAGAGGCUCCAGUGAAGUGUUGUUGAGACCUCAGACAACAGAGGAAGUUUCUCAAAUUCUCAGUUAUUGUAACAGUCGUAACCUGGCAGUCAACACUCAGGGAGGCAACACUGGGCUGGUUGCAGGCAGCGUGCCAGUCUACGAUGAGAUCAUCCUCUCCACCUCGCUUAUGAAAAACAUCCUAAAAUUUGAAAGCAUCUCUGGUAUUUUAACCUGCCAGGCAGGUUGUGUCCUGGAGAACUUGUCUCUCUACCUGGAGGACAGAGACUACAUCAUGCCACUGGAUCUGGGCUCAAAAGGCAGCUGCCAAAUUGGAGGCAACGUGGCAACAAACGCAGGCGGACUGCGGCUGCUGCGAUACGGCUCCCUACGAGGGACUGUGCUGGGUGUGGAAGUGGUGUUGGCAGACGGGCGGGUGCUGGACUGUCUGACCACACUGCGGAAGGAUAACACCGGAUAUGACCUCAAACAGCUCUUCAUAGGGUCAGAGGGGACACUGGGGGUCAUUACAGCCGUGUCCAUCCUUUGUCCUCGGAAACCCAAGUCUGUCAACGUGGUUUUCCUGGGCUGUGAGACCUUCGAGAAGCUACUGCAGACGUUUCAGCUCUGCAGAGGCAUGCUGGGAGAAAUCCUGUCUGCUUUUGAGUUCCUGGACAGUGAAUGUAUGAGGCUGCUGAACACGCACCUCAAAAUAUCUAAUCCCAUUUCAGCCUGCCCAUUCUACAUCGUGAUAGAAACAUCUGGAUCUGACGUGACACACGAUGGAGAGAAACUCCACAACUUUCUGGAAGAGGCGAUGAACUCUUCAAUUAUCACUGAUGGAACUGUGGCGACUGAGGAUUCCAAAAUAAAGGCUCUGUGGUCGAUGCGGGAACGUGUCACUGAGGCGCUGACUCACGAGGGCUACACGUACAAGUAUGACAUCUCUCUUCCGGUGGAGCAGAUCUACCAGCUGGUGGAGGACAUGAGGAAGCACGUGGGCAGCAAAGCUAAGAGUGUGGUGGGAUACGGACACGUGGGUGAUGGUAACCUCCACCUAAACGUCACAUCUCCUGCCAAAGACCCGUCUCUCCUCGCCGCCAUCGAGCCAUUCGUCUACGAGUGGACGGCCAGGUACCAGGGCAGCAUCAGCGCUGAGCACGGACUGGGCCUGAAGAAGAGGAACUACAUCUACUACAGUAAACCCAGCCAGGCUGUGGCUCUCAUGGGCAACAUCAAAUCCCUGCUUGACCCCAAAGGCAUCCUCAACCCGUACAAGACUUUACCAGACGACCUCAUACGACCUCCUAACCCUCCUGCUGCUGUGGAGUAAAUUGUCAUGUAUAAAAAUCUAACGCUGGACUGAUCUCCACGUGGUUUUAAAGCAGCUCAUGCUGUCAUCUACCUGAACUGCAGGUUUUGCACGAGACAGCGUUCACCUGGUAAAACGCAAAGUCUCACUGAUCUGUACUUUAAUUUUUAUGUGAACAAAUCAUAACUUUGAGAACAACAACAUCAACGAGCUGCUUACUUAGUCUCUGGACUCCAAA